AUGAGAACAUUAGCCUCAGGGGUUGGAUGUUUAGGGGAGAGAGAUAGUGGCCAUACGGGAAGAAUGGGUUGGUGGAGCAACAUUAGCAAUGUGAUGGAAGAUACUAGAUGGUUGGUGGUCGACAUGUAUGUGACGGAUGUUCUGUAUCAACCUCGAAAGGGCAGCGGUGUGGCACAUGCUCUUACUCAAUUUGGCUUGAAGAAGGCUCCAGUUUCGUUUGAAUGGCACCUUGAAUGUCCUGAGCUUGAGGAAAGAUGUAGAUGCGAUAGUGGUGAGGAUUGGUCGAAAAUAGCCCAUGUCCCGCAUAAGUACAUUAGAUCGCCUCAGGUCAAGCAGUCUGGCGAAGUGAGCACAUCGGGAAGCUCUUCUGUCCAAGCGUUUUCUUGGGCCGCAGGGGUUGGAUGUUUAGGGGAGGGAGAUAGUGGCCAUACGGGAAGAAUGGGUUGGUGGAGCAACAUUGGCAAUGUGGUGGAAGAUACUAGAUGGUUGGUGGUCGACAUGUAUGUGACGGAUGUUCUAUAUCAACCUCGAAAGGGCAGCGGUGUGGCACAUGCUCUUACUCAAUUUGGCUUGAAGAAGGCUCCAGUUUCGUUUGAAUGGCACCUUGGUUGGACUCUCUUCUAA